AUGUUACAUGGUAUUCCGCUGUUGAAUUUGGCUACCAACUCACAAAAUUAUAAAAAUAGUAAGUACGGUACAGUAAAAUUUUAUUUUCAACGAAUCCUAAAAGAAUUUCUUUUUGUUAUGGAAAGGUUUUGCUUUAUAGAGGUCUAUUUUGGCGUAAAAAUUGGCCUGUAAAAGUCAGCAAAGAUUUUUUCCUAACAAAAAAAAAUUUAGUUUGUAAAAUAUGACUUGGAACCCUCCGCAAUUUCAAAACCGUUUUUUAGAGGUCCCAAGUAUUGAAUUAAAGUAUAAAGGCGCAUACGAAACCUUCACAAUCUCAUCGCUUCUCGAUCUGAACACCGAAUUCUCAUUCGUUUUCUCCGACAAAUGUCAGCACAAAGGGAAUUGCACGGCGGACGAACACAAGGUUGUCAAUCCAGCGUAAGUUGUGGCAGUGUUUGGUCUUUGAUGAUAUUGGGCCUCUAGCAAAGGUCAACACUUCUCUUUGUCUUUUCUUGAAAAUCUAAAAUUUGCUGGAGUGGUUUUGGCGGCAUGCACAGAGCAAGAAAAGUCAGGGUCAAACCGACAACCCAAAAAAGCCAUUUUUUCAAAAGCAACAAAAUUGCACAGCGCAACAGUGGCGAAGCUUUUAGAAAUUACUGUUUGGUCCUCUGACAAAUUACGAAAAUAUUGUCAAAACAUUAGGGUUUACUUUAGCUCAAAACUUCUGAAUUGGUAAAAGCUUGGUCAAAAAGACAUUUGCAUAGCGUUGCGAUAAAGGUUCUGACGUUUUUUUGCCCUUUCAAAAAAAAAUUUCUAUUUUUUGAUACGCCUCUACGUGUAAUUCCAUACCCCCAUGAAGUACUUUACUUGUAAAAAUACUAGUGCUGAAACACUUUUAAUCGAUGUUUACGUCCGCGUAUUUUACAAUUUUCAGACGAGUCCCGGAUCAAAGUGGCUUCGAUGACAGCAAAUACGACCCAGUCUUUAAUUUCAAGGGCAUUUAUUACGACAUGGACGUCAGCGUAAGUAAAUUGAACGUCUUUCUCCUUGUUAUACCAAAAACUAUAUCUCCAAAACGUUUCUGUCUCCAACCGCUCUCCGCAUUUGCUUACGAUCUUAUUGUUUUACACUCUGCAUAAACUGCCCUUUUUCUUUGUUUUCUAUUGCCUUUGUUGUUCAAUGCGACUCAAAAUACACUAGUAAUAGUGUAGGAAACAUCCGGACCUUGCACUCGGAAUCGUAGGCAAAAACUAUGGCUUUUAUCGUAGUAUGCGUCUUUCGUUCGACCAUUCGCUAUACAUUAUAUUUGCAUUACAGAUCGGAGACCUCACGCAGAAUCAUCGGGUUGGCGUCGUCACCGAAGGCAAGCCCGAGCAAGAGUAUCUGGCCGAUGGAAGGCUGGGCCUCGGCUUUGGCAACAAAACGUAUGCCGUCAUCGACAAAUUGUUCGCGAACAUGGACACGGACAAGACGGUGUACAUUAAACAAGGGGUUUUUGUGCAUCCGACGCAGAAAACGGUAAGGAAAGUUUGUCGAAGAAAAAAAUGGCGGUAAAAAUGGACAGGAAAAGUGGUCCAAGUGCGACGCUCAGAUUUUGAUGAACCUUGGCACAAAUUAAAAAUUAUUUUCUCUAAGACGCAUACGAAUUCCUAGCGCAUAGUUUUAUAGAAACAGCCGGGAUUUUUAGUUCGAAAGAUGGAAAAAAUAUGAUAUUUUUUGCAAAUCUAGACAUGAAAUUCCCACAAAAUUGACAGAGAUCGUACCAGAGAGUUCUCUUUUUCGACCGCUCUCCACAUUUUGCGCAUUCUUUUUUUGAGCUCGUUGAUUGCCUCGGCUGACAGUGAAAACGGCGAGUUAAAAAUUUUCAGUACUUUAUAUUUGAUGUAGACUCGGAAAUGUGUAUGAAAAUACUGUAACACCCGUGCGUUGCACUUGCGAAACUUCACUUGCAAAAAAUGAGUUUUUCAAAAACGAUUUUCAACAUUAUGUCUUUCCAGGACGGUCGUUUACAACGAGAAGAUCAGAAAGGAGAAGUUUCGUUGGGGAAACUGAUCACCGGUUGCAAUCAACUCGAAUUUUCCGACGCCCUUGAGCACGAUGGGAAAGUUUGGUGGCAAGUCGAGGCAACGUAAGUCAUUUCUUUUCCUUUUUUGAUACAUAAUUUUACAUUUUUACUUUUUCACUUUUUCAGAGUAAAAAUCGGCGCGGAUACCUUUGAAAAGCAGCGCGUAGCGUUCAACCCAUCUCGUGGGAGCUUCGUAAACGCCGCCGCGUUCGAAGCGCACUUCCGACAAGCUGAAUUCAACAGUUUAACUGAGCUGCCAACCUUCUCGAUUACCUUCAACGAAAAGGAGCACAAAAUGGCGCCCAAAGACUAUGUUGUGAAGGCGAAAAGGGACGAUAAUACCGAGUAUUAUCUGGCCUACAUUGGGAAAGCGCAGAACUCCAACUAUGACUUUGUUUUGGGCUACGAAUUCCUGCAGAGGAAAUGUUUGGCGCUGCGAAAAGAUGGAAGUAAAUAUCAAGUUGGGUUAAGCCCAUAUUCAGCUGGUAACAAGGUUUUUGGGAGCUUUUCACUACUGCUAAGCUUACUUUAUAUUGUUAAAGUCUUUUGA